AUGACAACAGCCACGCGGCCGUAUCACACACCCCUCCGCGGUUACCAACCGCCAGUCUCCCUGGUAACCCACUUAACCCGUCCACUUCGCCGGACGGCUGGACAGGCGGGUCCCCAGCGGGCCCGCAGGCGAAGAGAGGAUUCCUCCCCUUCCCCUAUCAGGAACAUGGCCUCGGAGAACCCCGCUUCACUGCUCCAGGACCUGGACCUAAGCGCCGAGGAGGUGAAGAAGCUCACCAACGCCUUCGAGGACCCGGAGUUCCGGCGUCUCUUCGGCGAGUAUGCGGCGGAGCUGUCGGACCCGGAGAACCGGAGACGCUACGAAGAGGAGAUUACGGCGCUGGAGCGGGAGCGCGGCGUGGACGUGCAGUUCGUGCACCCGGAGCCGGGCCAUGUGCUGCGCACCAGCCUCAACGGGGCCCAGCGAUGCUUCGUCAAUAUCUGCAGCAACCCGCUGCUGGGCCAGCCCAGCAGCCGGCCCGGCACUGGGGGCCCGCAGGGCUCCUCGCGGGGGCAGUUCUGGUCCCUGCCUUACAGCCUGGCUCCGGGCCGCGAGUACAUGGGCCGCCAGGGUGCCCGCUACAAGGUCUACGACGUGAUCUUCCACCCGAACACGCUGUCGCUGGGCAAGCUCCACGACCGGUUCCGGAGCAUGAUCGACUCGACGGCCCUGGAGGCGGUGGAGAAGCAGUUCGGAGUGAAGCUGGAUAGACGCAACGCUAAGACACUGAAGAUCAAAUACAAAGGCACGCCAGAGGCGGCCGUGUUGCGGACGCCCCUCCCCGGGGGCCCCCCGCCGGCGCCCGAGGGGGAGGAGUCAGGAGACAACCCUUUACCCGCCUUCCCCUAUCCCUGCCCCUAUCCCGACUCGGCGAAGCAGCCUCCUGCCCCGAAGCCCCAGGGCUCCACGCCUCCCCGGGAGGAGCCUCCACAGCUGGCCCCCACCGUGCCGCGUCACAGCCUAGUGCAACGACACCACGUGGACCUGCAGGACUACCGGUGUUCCCGGGACUCGUGCCCGAGUACCGUACCCCGGGAGCUGGUGGUUACCAUCGAGCUGCCCCUGCUGCGCUCCACCGGACAAGCCGUCUUGGAGGUGACCGAGAAGCAGCUACUGCUCGACUCACGCAAACCCGACUACAGGCUCCGCCUCCCGCUUCCUUACCCGGUAGACGAGAGCCGAGGUAGUGCUCAGUUCAACAAGGCCAAGCGGCAGCUGGUAGUUACUUUGCCGGUGGUCCCUCCGAAGCAUAGCAUAGAGCACCUGGGCCCGCAGGAGCAGGGGAAGGAGAAGACGGAGGAAGAGGGGAAAGAGGAGAAAAAGGGAGAGGAGGAGGGGGAGAAAAAGGAAGAGGAGGAGAAAAAAGAGGAGGGAACCGGCCUGAUCUCUACUUCGGAAAACACACUUCUGAAGCAAGGAGGGGUGAAGGAAUUGCCUUUAGCAUCAAAAGGCAUGCCGGAAACGGAUGACUCUCGGUCUGUUGUUUACUCUUCUGAAGAGCUAGGAAGCCAGUCUGACAAGCUCUUAAGGGAUACUAGGAACCAAGAAAUCCCUUUAGAUGCCCUCAUUCCUUUCCAGUCCCAGCCUGAGAAUUCCUGGGCUUUGGCUGGUGAAGAAUCGAUAGACCCUAAGGAGGGUACCACGCAGGACCCAGCUAUUGGGAUGGCGGUCAUUCCACCAGAUACUAAGGGGCCGCCACUUGUUAUUAAAGAAAAUCCACGCUGUUACACUGGAGGAGAGGAUUUUCCUUCAGGCACUGUGGCCUUGCCUGGGGCCGCUAAUGAAAUGCCACCCUCUGGGACCCUGAGCUUAUCAGGGAAUGCAGGUCCACCGGGUACUUCAGGGCAGCCACUUAAUAGUAAAGCAGAUCUAUCAAAUGGCACUGGAGGAAAGGAGCCUGCCGUGCCUGCGGGCAGUAAUGAGGUACCACCCUUUGGGACACUGAGCUUUCUGGGGAAUACAGGGUCUGCAGAAGACCCCAAAGAGAAAACAACUAUUGGAAAUGAAAGCUUUCCAGGGAAUACGAAUAAAGUUCAACCUAGGGAAACAGAUGUCAUUUCAGAGACACAUAGAGUGAAACCCCUGUGCCCUCCUUUGCAGUGUAAUCAAGAUGAAGAAUCUCUUACUUUGUUAAUCCAAGUGCCUCAAGUCCAGCCACAAAGCCUUCUAAGUGAUUUGAGUCCCCAUCAGUACAAACUUUGCUUCUCCACACAAGAUUUUGUUUCUUAUUCAUUCGUUUUGCAGUUUGCUCCUGAAAAUAAGCUGAGCACCACAGAACCGAAAAUAAAUGUUUCUUCAUUCAAUACAGCCAUCGAAUUGGCCAAAUCUCCGGAGAGUUAUGGGCACUGGAGAAAGUGGUAUUUUGGUUUGAGCAACAACUGUUUGCAGGAAAGAUUUUUUGUCAUUGAAGAAAAUGUUGAUGAAUUUCUUGAAGACAUCUUGAAUUUUAAAAAGUCAGCCCCCAAAACCCAGCCAUUAAUUGAAGUACUUGAAGUUAGUGAUAAGAAGACCCAAAUUCAGUUAAAGUCACAAGAAGUAGAUGGCCAAGAUCAGUUUAAUGAAAAGGAACAAAGAAUUAAUAUAAGAAGCCAUCUGACUGAAAAAGAAAACCAACUGCCUGAAAAGGGAAAUAUAUUUCAAACAAAUACAAAAAACAAUAACAAUACAACUGAUGUUGAAAAAGAACAUACAAAAAGAGACACCAAACCUUCUGAUUCUGAUUCUUAUACAGCAGACAAAGCACUAGAAAAGAGCAUUUGUGGGUCAGCUCCCUGCAUGCAACCUCCUGGUACUUCUACAGAGGUUAUUAGAAAACCUCAACAGUCUGACUCCGUGUCCAAACCUGUUUUCACGAAAGAAAUAACUGCUGUUUAUUCAAGUAAUGAAAAACAAAAUGUAAAAGAACCAGCAUUGAUGGAAAAGAAAGAACUGCAUGAAGAUCACAUACAUCAAAGUAUAAAAGAAACCAAUAUGAAGGAUGGAAGUGUACAGAUUAUUGAAGAACAUGUGACUGACUGUGCAUUCACUUUUCAAAAUUCCUUGUUAUAUGACUUGGAUUAAUUUGGAGAUUUUAAUUUAUCAGAUUCAAGGUAAUAUAAAGUCCCUAGGUCUAAAAUAGAGAUGGUGUCUCUGUAACAAUUAGCUUAUAUCUAAAUUCACUUAAGAAAGCAUCAAAUUGGGGCAGCUAGGUGGUGCAGUGGAUAGAGCACCAGCCCUGGAGUCAGAAGUACCUGAGUUCAAAUCCAGCCUCAGACAUUUAACACUUACUAGCUGUGUGACCCUGGGCAAGUUCACUUAACCCCAAUUGCCUCACUAAAAAUUAAAAAAAAAAAAGAAAGCAUCAAAUUUAGAGCCUGGAAGAAACUAGUAAAUAGUAAAUCAUUUACCCAAUUACUUUCAGAGAUUUUAAAAAAUGAAUCAUAUAGCUAAACAGUUCAAAUCUUUACAUUAUAUCCUUUUAGUUUUUCAUUUAAUAUUUUAAAAUCAAAUACUGAUUCACUAAUUCCUUUUUUUCUAAAUUUUAAAUGCUCUGAAUUUUAAAAGUUAAACAACUGUAUUUUUUCCUUUUGUUGACUAUUAUUUUGAGUUAUUCAUAAAAUUGGAAUUUUUGUUAUUCCAGAGUUCUCAAGAGAGUAGAAACCAACUAGCAAUACUUAGGGCAGAAUUCUGAACUGUGAUACAUGUCUUACAACCAGAUUUUGUCUAAUUAUUCUAACUUGCAUUAUAUACUCAAGAAUUUUCUGUUCUAGAAGCUCAGAUGGUAUCAAAAGAACCCCUUUAACAAUCACUAAAGCACUAAACAAUUAAAGAUACAGUAUUUCUAGAGCAAAAUAGUAUUUAGUAUUUUUACUUCAGCUCUGAAAAUUUGUUCUUUGCCUUAGCAUACAUAAUAGGAUUAUCAGAAACACUUGUUUUCCUCAUUAAAAUUACUUCAAAAAUUCAUCAGUGUUUCUUACAACGUAUGUAUUAAAAUGUGUCUUUUGGUUUCAUAUAACUAACUUUUUUAAGGAAAAAUCUUAAAAAUCAGAUAGGAAAAUUUUCUGUAAUUUAUCUCAAGGGAACAAAAAUCUAACAUAGCUUGGAUAAUUAAUUAUACAAAAUUCAGUUUGCAUUUUCUUAUUUACUAAUUUAAAGUAAAUUUUUCAUGCUUCCUGGAAUAGGAGAGAAAAAAAAAUCAGAAAUGAAGAGCAUUCAAUCCCCUGCAAUAGUCUGAUAUCAUUAGUCAAAAGGACAAGUAAAACUUUCACUGAACAAUACUUAAUUCACGAAGUCUCAGAAGGGACCCAGCUUUAAUAAAAAAUUACAGCAAGAAAGAGAAGUUAGAAGAUGUUUAGUUUCUGGCCAACCCCAAGUCCAGAGAUGAGUCUACUUUUUGAACUGUACAUAGUGGCUUGACCCCCUUGGGUCAAAGCUUUUUGGGGUUAAGAAUUCCAGGCCAAACCUGAAAGAGCUGGUAAACCCCAGAGCUGGUGUAAUCUCCUGGGGUGAAGAGGUGUGGAAUGAUGGACAAAAUGCAGCAUUAGUUUAAGUUUCUCCUAAGAUGGAUGGAAUGUGAUGACUUAAAAUCCAUGUAAUUCAUUUAUUGUUAAUGAAUUUGCUAGCAUUUUCUUUGUAAAUACUCUAUAGCCUUUUUUAGUCAGCUGCAGAACUUACUACUCUAUAUAUGAAUAUUUUAAAUAAGCUGUUUACUAGUCUUUGUAAUUUGUCAUUUUAAAAAAUGUGAUUCCUGUUUUAACAGACCAACCAGAGCAAAUGUUUUGCCAAUACUUUUUGUCUCAUGGUUUUGUGUUCAAAUUUAGGUUUCAUUUCCAUUAAAGUCUUUUUAUUGUUCAUUUGAAAGCUAAAUGUUUCUUCCAUUGGUAUUUUUGUUGGGGAGGGAUGCAUUAUUUGAAAUUGAGAAUUACACAUUCUCAGUAACUCACAUGCACCUGCUCAUUUGAUCUUCACAACCACCCUAUGAGGUAGAUGUUUUUCCUCAUUUUAUAGAUUAAGAAAUUUAGGCUUAGAAAGGUUUACACAGUGGCAAGGCCACUUACAUCCAGGUCCUGAUUCCAAAUCUUAGUAUUCUUUCUAGUACUCCCAUAUUUUCUUUCUUUUUUGGGGGGGAGGUGAGGCAAUUGGGGUUAAGUGACUUGCCCAGGGUCACACAGCUAGUAAGUGUCUAGAGUCUGAGGCUGGAUUUGAACUCGGGUACUCCUGACUCCAAGACUGGUGCUCUAUCCACUGCCACCUAGCUGCCCCACUCCCAUAUUUUCUAAAGAACUAAUUAACACCACACUUUUAAAAUACAAAGAUCUUUCAAAACAUUUUUUACCAACUAAAUUUUGGCAUUGAGGUUAUAUAAUACAAUUGACCUAAAAAAUUGAGUUCUUAUAUGCAAAAAUGUGGAUUUUUAUUUUGGCAGCAUUAAAAAACAACCAACCAGGUAAAUUUCCCCAUUAAAGUAGAAACAAUAUUUAAGCUUUCCCUGUCAAAUACAUACCAAAAGGAUGUUCUGUGCAGGCAGGUCUUCAUGUAACAUUACAUACAGGUAACUGCCAUUCUGAAAAUAACUUUUUUGAUAUGGGUUAUAAAACCAGUAGUAAAGUAUGCAAAGAUCCAGAUAGCAAAAAUUUAAUGGAUGGAUUUUAAUUAUGUUUUUCUCUAUUCCUCAGCCCUUCCAAUUUUCAAUUGAUGUUACCUUUUGCAAUUGGGAUUUUGGACUCUGAAGUACUACCCUCAAAAUAGAAUCUGUUCCACUUUAA